UAAAGGCACGUAUUUUAACGAGAGAACCGUCUGGAAAUAUUGUCGUCUUCUUGUUUAUAAUUUCAUCAACUCUGUCUUUUACAGAACAAAACAAUUUUCACCAUUGCAGUGUCUUGAGAAAGCAUGGCCAUAGCAAGCUUUAGUUUACCUCUUACAUAUUAUCCAUCACAAACAAGAUGGAUAAGCAACAAAUCACCAUCUUAUUGUUGUUGCAGCGGCUCAUUUGAGAAGCCAAUUGUUGCUCCUUCUUCUUCUUCCAAUUGUAUAGCUAACAAAGCCUUGCAGGAAAUUCACAAUUCUGGUGUUAUUGCUUGCCUUAGAGCCCAAAAUGCAGACCUGGCGAAUCGAGCUGCACGUGCGGCAUUGGAUGGUGGAAUAUCAGUUGGAAAGUUCCCCUACACUUAUUUGUAUUGGAAGGCUGCAAAGUUGGAGAAUAUAGGGGGGAUAUUCCAAAGUUUGAAUGAAUAUCUCAAUCAAAGUAUAAAGAGGCGCUCUGAUAGUCAUUAUCUUCUAAAACUGCAGCUGGAAAUUGUGGUGUCCACUCCAGAUGCCUUUGAGGUGUUAAGAAACCUAGUACAUGAUUAUCCCACAAAAACUUUCGGAGUUGGAACAGUGUUACAGGCUAAAGAUGCCAAAGAUUCUAUAAAGUUUGGAGCUAAGUUUCUUAUGAGUCCUGCAACAGUUAUGGAUAUUCUAGUUGGUGUCUCAGAGAUUGAUGCUUUGUAUAUACCUGGGGUAAUGACCCCCACGGAGAUAUUAUCUGCUUUCAGUGCAGGUGCCAAGAUUGUCAAGGUUUAUCCAGUCUCUGCAUUAGGUGGCGUUGGGUACAUUUCAGCUCUGAAAAGGCCGUUCUCUCAUAUACCUAUGGUUGCAUCACAAGGCAUAACAAUAGAUUUGAUUGGGCAAUACAUUGGUCAUGGAGCAUCAGCAGUUGUUCUAUCCGAUGCCAUAUUUGACAAAGAGGCAAUGAAUCAAUGGAAUUUUGAUAAAAUAUAUCAACUUGCGAGCCAUGCGGCUUUGCAGGGUAAACAAGCUGUUGAAAGGCCAGAAUGUUAGGUGCUGAUGCAUCUGUCUAUUUGUUAAAACCUCAUGGAACUGAAGGUACUUACAAGAAACGAGAAAUGAGAUUAGCACAUCCGCCAUCCUGCUUGAAGUUUGGAAAAUCUGUCGUGUUGGUUUCGGUUGGGAAAGUUUCCCCCCCCUUAGUGGGCCUCGGUCGAAUCUAGAUUAGUUAUGACCCGUAGACUUUUGAUAUCAGAUGGUUAAACCGAAAAGAAAAGUUGUGUUGGUUAUUCCAUCAAGUUCUCUAAUCUGAAGAAGGGUGCAGGCAAUGCAGAUUACAAGCGAUUGCAGGUUGCUGAAUGAGUGCGCUUUCACAACUUCAUUGUUGUUUUUGUCUAACCAUUCAGCUGGUGAUGGCAGGCUAACUGAACUCUUAGUUUCUGUUACAUAUUUAGACAACAUUUUCCCAAGAAUGGUUAUCAAAUUCCAAAAGGAACUCUAGUUGGUCCCUUACCUUUAGAAUGGUUUAACUGAUGAAGAAUGAUGUUCUUUCUUAAGCUUAUGUGUUCUAUCUUCCAAAUUUAUUUGUGAAUUUGUUAGAUACAAGUAUUGUAGUUUAGAUUAAAUGUUAUACACUGAUGGUGUAAGUAUAUUUACGUAAUCAGAUUAAUUAAAAAGAUAAUUGCAGGUUA